AUGAGUUCUUGCUAUCUCCUGCCCUUCUUCUUUGCCAUUCGGGAGGUCAACCAGAAUCCGAGGCUCUUGUCCAACAUCACCCUGGGCUACACCAUCUAUGAGAACUUUUUCAGUGCAAGAAUGACAUACGAGGCCCUGGUAGACCUGCUGUCUGUUGGGCAGCAGCAUGUUCCAGGCUACAGCUGUGGAGGAGGGACUACUGUGCUGGCUGUCCUUGAGGGGGCCGACUCUGAACUAUCCAAGCAGGUUUCAACCAUGCUUGGCCUCUACAAAGUCCCACAGACAAGCAAAAGAGCACGCUAUGACAAUUUUGAUGCAUUUUUCUCUACUAUCAAGCAAUUUGGGGAGAAAGCAUUUCAGUGUUUUUACACCAGGCACGCUUUCUCUGGCAAAGUGUGGGAAAGAUGUAGAGAAAAGGAGAAACUGGGGAGCCUGCCCCAGGAUGAGAUUGAAGAUGCAGACCGAUGCUCCAAGUGUCCAGAGGACCAGCAUCCGAACCAGGACCGAGAUCAAUGUGUUCCAAAAAGGAUCACCUUCCUCUCCUAUGAAGAACCUUUGGGUAUCUCCCUGUCUCUCACUGCCUUUUCCUUGUUCCUCAGCACCAUUCUUCUACUGGGCAUAUUUGUUAAAUAUCAAGACACACCAAUAGUCAAGGCCAACAACCGUGACCUCACAUACACACUCCUUGUCUCCCUCCUGCUUUCCUUCUUGUCCUCCUUUCUAUUCAUUGGGCAGCCCCAGAAGGCAACCUGCCUCUUCCGACAACCUGCCUUCAGCAUCAUCUUCUCUGUUGCGGUCUCUUCUUUGUUGGCCAAAACGGUCAUGGUGGUGGUGGCAUUUAUGGCCACGAAGCCAGGAAACAGGAUGAGGAGAUGGCUGGGGAAGGGUCUGGCAAACUCCAUUGUGAUUUCUUGCUCGAGUGUUCAAGUGGGCAUCUGCCUUCUCUGGUUGGGAAUGUUUCCCCCCUUCCCAGAUUCUGACAUGCACUCCCAGCCUGGGCAGAUCAUUCUGCAGUGCAAUGAAGGGUCUGGCAUCAUGUUUUAUACUGCCCUCAGCUACUUGGCCUUUCUGGCUGCAAUCUGUUUCACAGUGGCCUUCCUAGCCAGGAAGCUGCCUGGGGCAUUCAAUGAGGCCAAGCUCAUCACCUUCAGCAUGCUGGUCUUUUGCAGCGUGUGGGUGUCCUUUUUGCCGGCCUACCUGAGCACCAAAGGAAAAUACAUGGUGGCUGUGCAGAUCUUCUCCAUCUUGGCCUCCAGUUUGGGGUUAUUGGGUUGCAUCUUCAUCCCCAAAUGUUACAUCAUUAUCCUGAAGCCAGAACAUAACAACAAAGACCAUCUCAUACUGAAACCAUAG